CUUGUUUCAGUACGCACGUUGAAGAUAAAAUGGAAAAAUCUACGAGAUACAUAUAGAAAACAUAUACUUUGUCGUCAGACUGGUAAUAAAGGUACAGGUAACCUAACUAAUUGGGUGUGGGGAAACGAAAUGUCAUUCAUAGAACCUUAUAUAAAAUUGAGACCAAUUGACACUUCAUCGAAUCUUUCCGUUGAUUCUACAGAUUCGGAAAUUAAUGAUAACACAGAUAAUGAAAAUGAACAGGACGAGACUCAAAAUGUCCAAAGUCCUGAACCAGAAAUGGCAAAGAUUAAAAAACGUACAGUAAAAAGGCGAAGACACGAAAGCGGGGAUACUAUAGACAAUAUUAUGACAAAUAUAAACACUGAAAUAAACGCUGAAAGAAACGCACCAGAGACAACUGUAGAAGUGCCGUGUGACAGAAUAGAUAUGGAGUUUCUGGGUUAUGCCAACACAGUUAAGAGACUGUCUAUGCGUAACCAAGCACUUAUUAAAUUUGAAAUAACAAAGAUUAUAACACGACAUCAACUCCAAGAAUUGAGUAGUGAUCGUAAAAAUUCUACUUUAAAUAUUUCUAAUAACGAUGCAUCGUUAAUAGAAAAUGUGGAACUGACAGACCUACAAACGUACUUUGUAGAUGUGGAACAAAAGCAUACACCUGAUAUGCAAACUUCUACAUAAAAUGCUUUCCUAACCGUGGUUUUCUGAGACCAAUAUCCCCAUUUAGAAUAUUUUUAUCUCUGUUUUGUCAAAGAUGACAGGGAUAACGAUAUUUUUAUACAUUAGCCUCAGAAAUUAACGGUAAAUAGUGUUGUUUUUAAUGAAUAAAAAAUCUGAAUGUAUAAAAAGAACGUAGUUUAGUUUAUUAUUUUUAAAUUAAGAACGGCUGAACCGAUUUAGCUGAAAAUUGGUGUGGAAGAUACAGCCAGAAGGCCAACAUAGAGCUUAUUUGCUGUUUCCGUUGGACGUGA